GUGGGCCGAGGAGUGCCGGUUGCAGCUCUGCUGGAAAGUGUUGGGCCGGGUGCAGGGGCUCGGCGGCGGCGCGGGGGGCGGCAGCGCGCCGCUCACACUCAUGAGGAGCCGGAAGCUCACAGGUGGAGUGCGGUCCUCAGCGCGCCUAAGAGCCCGGAGUUGCUCAGCCAGGUUGGCCUCUGCUCAGGACGUCGACAUCACCACGUCUGCCGGCACAGUAUGUCAGACUUCCUUGUCACACAAAGCCGCUGACAGGCGAACCUCCAAGAAGUUCAAGUAUGACAGAGGUCAUCUGGUGAAAUCGGAGUUACAGAAGCUGGCCCCUAAGAGCGCCAGCACCGCUGAAGCCAGAGCGCCGCCUGCGAGCGCCUGUGAAGCCGCGCCUCGGGGGGCUGCGGAGGCUGGCGCGCGGCCGGCAGAGGAGGCGGCCGUUGCUGCGCAGCGCUGCCGGGGCGUGCGUGACGCCUGCUCACCAGAGACUGCGGAGCUGGCCCUGCCGCAGCGCGGCGCCCCUUCAGGAGAGGAGUCCGCCAGCAGCCCCGCCGCGCGGGACGGGUCGGCGCCGGAGCCCCAGCCAGCGCAGACGCCCGCCCUGCAGAUGGACAACAGCGUGUUUCUCGACGACGACAGCAAUCAGCCGAUGCCAGUGAGUCGCUUCUUCGGAAACGUGGAGCUCAUGCAAGACCUUCCACCGGCGUCUUCCUCGUGUCCCUCAAUGAGCAGGCGAGAAUUCAGGAAGAUGCAUUUCAGAGCCAAAGACGACGACGACGACGACGACGAUGACGACGCGGAAAUGUAGAGAAUAAAGUAUACACGACGAUUUCUUUGCAUAUUCAGUAUAGUUAACAGUUUGACAAUUGAGCAGAUUAUGGGAUUUGUAUAAAAUUUAUCUCCAAGAGAACGUAUUCUGAAUCAGACUUCAAAACUGACUCAUGAAAGUCAGCAGUGCGGAACACCGGAUACCUUUGGGGAGAGCGACACAUGUGAACUAGUGAUCUUCGAGAGUGGGUGUCAAGCUGCUGUCUCCACACGGAGCUAUUUUCUCAUGUCUGUACAUAUGUGAUGAUCGUGAGUACACUGAGGGGGCUUGGGGUUAAAUGAGAGAGAUCUUUGUAAAGAAAACUCUUCACUUAAGCUCUUUAGUUUUGAAAAUAUGCAAGUUUAUUUUCCUUUAUCAAAAUUUGAUCAUUCUUGUGAUUGAUUUAAUGCCAGUUCUUAAAGAACUCUCCUUUAUUUCUGUAUAUGAAGCUAAUGUUUACCUUAGAAAUUUUGCAAAAUACAUAUGGGAAAGAAAUAAAAUAUAUUUUGAAAAUA